AUGUCGACAGAGCGAGUGUCGAUGUGCUACCUAAAAGAAACAUAUAAAGAAUACGAGAACGUGAAGGUUAAGCAGCUUCCAGAGGUGGAUGACUUUGGAGCGUUGCGCGAAGCCGGCAUCAACUUUCUUAUCGGUGCCUUUGUGACUGUAGAGCUGAUAGGCGAAGGACACGAAGGCGCCAUGUACGGCUUACUGGCGAUCGUGGCAAUUCUCUCUUCUCCAUUUGCAGCCACGCUAACCAAAGUCGUUGAUAAUUGGCUGUGGGGCUUGAGCAAUGAGCGAGUGCAAGUCGAUGACUACACGGUACGUCGCGACGUCACGGAGGCAGUGCUGCUCAUGUAUGGAAUGAGUGUAGUGUCGUGGCUCUUUCUCUUCCUGCUACCAAGGCAGAUGGAGACACAGGAUUUGAAACAUGACGGUGGAUCGAGCACGUUGUUUGGUAUGCUCACUGUCGGAUAUCUUUUUGUGGCGUUGAUCUGGUCGAUCACGACGAACAUUAUGGGGAUUUUUGCAACCACGAAUUUCCUCUUGGUCGCUGGAGAGAAUGGAUGUUAA